GCGUUUGCUUUUUCUCGCUAAAGGGAGAGUUUUCCAUGGUGUUUAUAUUAAUUGCUUGAAUGUAAAUAACAUUUUAUUUCUGUAUAUCUAAAUACUAUUUGAUAGUUCCUAGUAAUCCUGCCUUGCGCCCUAAAUUCCCCAGACUGGCCCAAGAUUGCAGUUAAACAAAUAUGACAAAUUGGUCGUUGUGAACAAUAGAUAGUACAUCUAUAUUAGUAACAAACAUUAUAAGUAAAUGGCAUGAUAUGAAUUAAAUGGGGAAGCGAUCACAUAACGAUUUUCACCUUUGGCACCUUCUCAGUUUUAACACCAGGCGGCAACUGUCAGAAGGCGGAAGCGAAAUGGACUGUUUCAUGUUCCGGGGUCACUAUUCUGCCUUUUCUUUUUUUAUAGCGCGAAGCUAAUUAACCUUAGGCGUAUUGGUAACAUUGACACAUAAACAGGCUUGUGCUGCAGUCGCUGAAAACCAUGCAGGGUGUAAAGCUGAUCCUGGUCCUGGCGCUGGUGCUUCUCGCAUCUUUGCACGGUGCCGAUUCAGCCCGGGCUCGCAAAGACUUCGGCAGCCAGAACAGUUUCAGACGGGUGGCGAACGGCUUUUAUCAAACCCUGAGCAGCAUUUUCGGAGAGGACAAUAUCAGGGCUUUAUAUAAGUUUUUCAGUAAGACAACUGAACGCUUUGUCCAUGGAGUUGACUCCUUCUUGGACACUGUGUGGAAGAUUUGGACAGACCUGUUUGAUGUUCUGGGAAUUGACUCAUCCAACUUGAGCCACUACUUCAGUCCCGCCUCCGUUGCCAGCUCGCCAGCGCGGGCCCUGCUAUUGGUGGCCGCCGUGCUGCUUGCCUAUUGGCUGCUCUCACUCUUCCUGGGCAGCCUUUUCUACGUGCUGCGGCUGGCAUUUGGCCGCUUCUUCUGGCUGGUGCGUGUAGCUCUCUUUGCUCUCUCCUGCCUCUAUAUCCUGCACAAGUUCGAGGGCGACCCGGAGCGCGCCGUGCUGCCUCUGUGUGCCGUCAUGGCCGUCUACUUCAUGACGGGGCCCGUUGGGGCCCACUGGCGCCGGGGAGGAGGCAACUCUUUGGAAGAAAAGAUCGACCACCUGGAAACCCAGGUCCGGCUGCUCAACAUCCGCCUCAGCCGGGUCAUCGACAACCUGGAGCGCUCUGCUGACCAGUAGAUCGCCAUGCAUUAGGGGUAUGGGUGGCUGGGUGGCUGGGUGGCUGGGGGGGGGUUGGUAUACUGCAAUACAUUGUAUUUAUGGGCCUGAAAUUGGGGGGUUGGGGGGGGGGGGUUGUUUCUAAACUUUCCAAACCACGACAGGGACCUACAGGAGGUAGAAGUUCAGUACAGUAUGGUGUAUCUCAGUAUUAGUGUAGUGUUGCAAAGCACAGUGAAGGUGUGUCAGAGGACAAACAUGUGGAAGAUCAGGAAGAUGGUCAUGGAAACUCUUAGAGUACUAAUGAGGGGAAGGUAACAGCACUGCAGCGUUUACCGACAGCCUGUGAUCGAUGUUUCCUCAGCCAGAGGAAAUGACUGGCUGGAUUUUUCACAGAGUGUCUGUCAUGUAGCCCCACUUGGUGAAAGCCGCUCUGUCCUCCAUGUUUACUUUACUGCAUCUUAUGUUCUUUUCCAACGUAACAACACUAUAAUCGCACUUACACUCUGACACCGCCUGGCUGUUUAUACCACCCAAAGGCCACCAAGUCUCAGCUUGUUUUCCUUGAUUAUUUUUUUUCCUUCUUUUUUUAAAUUUGAUAAAUUGUGUAAUUUUGCUUUCCAAGAUGAUUGUCAGAAAUGGAACGGAAAGCUACGAGUGUAAGAUGCUGCAUUGUAAUGAAAAUCGUGACGCUACUGGAAACCUAGACAUGCAUCUGUAUUGCUGUUCACAUUCCUGAAGGAUUGUAAGUUAACAUUAGUAAUUAUUUCUUUAUUAUUGCUCUCUGGCUGCUCUAUGUUCUCCUCUGCUCCUAGAACUCAUAUGAUAGCCCUUAUGAUUUAAAAAAUCAGCUUUAUCUUAACAGCCCAGAAGAAGCAAAGUCCAAUUGUGUUUUAAUACUCAAGUUUAAUUACAGCUAACAGUCAUUCCAGUGUAUUUCUCUGUGCUCUUUUAUUAAAGAGAGUUUAUGACGGAGCAGAGUGUGGUGAGGCCAGUACUUUCCAUUUACCAACUGCAGUAUAGUCGAGCUCUCUGUUGUUAGUAAUAGAUUUAAUUUUUCUUUUUUGCUCGUAAUAGAUUGCUUUCUGUGGACAGUGCUGAGAAACACCAAGCCAUCCUGAAUGAACUGUCAAUGUUCCUCCAUAGCAAUAGAUUUCUCCAGGUUAAUUUCAGGACUUUUUUUAGUCAUGGACCAAUGGGAGGGCUGGUCCUUGUGUGUGUGUGUGUGUGUGUGUGUGUGUGUGUGAGAGAGAGAGAGAGCGAGAUUGUCAAGCUGAUCUAGGAAGUAUUUCUGUUAAAUCUGCAUGUGUAUGAGAUUAAAUGAGUAAAAUGAUUGAAAUGUACAACUGCUAACAUGAUCUAGACUCGUCUCACACGAUUCUGAUGCACUGUGUGGAAACACAGACUUUUAAGAAGCACAGGGUUACACGUCAUCUGUCAGCCAUGUGUAAUGAGGUUAAAGAAGCAUUGUCAACAUGCAAAUCCCAUCAAGUUUGACUCCACAGGGUUAAAUCAUAGCAAACCUGUUACACGUUCCAAAUACUGGACGAAGGAAUUUGUUAAAUAUUGCUGAAAAGAAUCUCUUGUAGCACCUUGUAUUUGUUGAAUUGCUGUUGGGAAUCACUGCAUCUGUGUGUCACACAGUAAGAGUUUGUGUUUUAAGGUGUAAAUCAUGAGAGUGCAGUGUUGUAUCGCUUGUGUAGCUGUCAUAUCCUUUUAGAUUUCAAGCUCUUAAAGGCAGCUGCAUAAACUGGGAAUGGAUUUGGUUGGCCUUAGAUUGAAUUCAUUUAGCACUGGGAACAAUGCAUUUAAUGUGUUCCAGGCACAAAUUAGUCAGAUUUUAGCUGGCUAUUCAUUUUUUAUAUAGAUAUUUAUGUAUAUUUAACAUAUAUGAUUUAUAUGUAAUAACACAACGGUUUAUUUUUAGACACCACAUUUCAGAGCAUAAGUCGAUUUAAACUCUACACAUAUUGAAGACCUUAUCAAUAUAUGUGUUAAAGUGUGUCAAACCAUGAUUGUGAAGUUAAAGAUAGGCUUUCCUUAUUACAUUACACCUUAGCAUUGGGCAAAAAUGUAGGCCUUGUAGGUUUAUUUUCUCUCAGCUUCACAGCAGUUUCAGCUGGCUCAGUGACAUCUAUUUAGUUUUCAAAAGUUUUACAGCAACAAGAUAUACUAGUAAUGUGGCAGGAGAACUUCAAGCUUGUUAUAGCAGUGCUGGUUAUGUCAAUGUGUCCAGUACAGCUUAGUUUAUAAUUAGAAAUGCUAAAUAAGAUUUGCCAGGGAAGCAGCCCACAGUGAUACGCUUGGCUAAAGGUGACCAAGUAGCCUUGCGUUGCUGUUGCAUCUCAAACCACAUGUGCAUGCCUCUGUGUAUUUAUAUUUACUAUCGACUAAAGAGACCUUUAGUGUUUUUGUCCAGAUUGUUGUUUCUCAUCAUGUGCUACUGUGGAAGUGUGUAAGAUUUCUGCAUAUUCAUGAAUCCAUGUUGAAUUAUCUUGGCUUUUCUUAAAGCUUGGACUAAUUUUAGCUUUAUUUUUCAAAGGCCUGUCAAAUUAUGGGUUAGAAAUAGUAACUAUAAGCAAAUAAAGCUAGAUCAUUUUCAUUUUAAAAAAUUAUCUAUCAAGAGUUUUAUUAAAAUGUUAGAUAUUCUUUAAAUCUAAGGGAUUCCACAGUACUUGAUUGAAGACAUUGAGCCAAAUUCUAUGACGAGUGUGGUUCUUCAUCAAAAGGAUUAUACUCAUCUGUCUUUUGUCCUUUUAUUUAAAUUUAAUAUCUCAGGCAUCUGUGUUCAUUAUUAAAUAAGAAUAUUAUUGUAUAUAGUGAGUUUUUUUCCUCUGUUUUUAAGAACCUCUGCUGUUAUGUUUUCAUUCUGAAACAUGGGGGGAAUUCACUGUAUAUGCUACUGUUUGAUAUGUUCUAGCAAGUGAAUUGUGGCCAGAAAUGCUGUGUGAAAUAUAAAUGUAAAUGGGGGGGGGGGGGGUGCUCAUUCCCAAGGCUGAAUCAGUAUUGCCAUAAGGCGCCAUUAGAGGGCGACCUCCCCUACUCUCCUUCCAUGCCAUUGAGUUCAUACUGAAAUCAGCAUUGCAUGUGGAUUACUCUGACAUGUUUACCUGGUCCUUUUUCUGUUUAAUUUUAGCUACUGCUUUGCAUGUUUGGCCUUUUCGUUUUUGUGCAUAGUGAAAUGUGAUUGUGUGACAUUGGAGUUUUCCUAUUAGAUUCUGAAAUUCGUAAAGAUUAAGAAGUUGAUAUUUGGAAGUAUUUGGGUAGUAUUUUAAAUGUUUCCGUGCUGUAGAAACAUGACCAUUUAAAAAUGAAAAAGCAGUUAAUUCACAGGGUAAUAGUGUUAUGCUUUCCUAGUUUCAUCAGUUAAGCUGUGAACCUCUCAAGCAAUAAGCUUCAUUUUUGCAUCUCUUGUGCUAUGUAGCCGCUGCCUAUCGCAACGACACUUUUCAUGUGCGUGUUAGUGUAUGCAAGAAAGCAGGCCUAUUGGUUGCAUUUUGAAGAGCUGAUUAUUUCUCUGCAUAUUGCAUUGUAGUAUAGAGACCAGGGUUAAUUUGUCCUGCAGGUGUGAGGUUCGACCAAAGCAUCAUUUCAGGAUAUUUGCAAGCAUUCAGGUUUUGAAGUUGUGUGUGAAGGAUAAGUAUCUAAGUGAAGGGAAGUAUUGACACUGUAAAUGAAAUAAAGGAGAGUACUAUUACUGUGAGAAUCAGCACAAAAACAACUUAUUUGCCAGAUACACCUUAAUUGUGCUAUUGCCAAUAUUCAUUUCCCCAUUCCCUCAUUUUUUUCUUACUGAAUUUUGUGUUUAAAACUUUGAAAUAGCGAGUAGUUCUGUUUUUUGUAUGUUUUCUUCUUUUGAUAUGAAAAUUUCCAGUAUUUGUGGUUUUGGGAGUGGUAUAUUACUGCCUGCUGUUGACUACUGAUGUUAUGAGUGUUGUGAUAUGAAGGUAUCAUUUUAAAGUGAACUAGAGGCUUGGAAUUGAAAUAAAUUACUUUAUCAUUACUGUUA